GCUGGAGAUAUUCACACACUGCUGACACACAACUGUGUUUAAACCGCUUAUAAAAGUGAUGUUUGUAUAAUAUGUGGCCUUUAAAAGUGUUUAACAUUCAAAAAUUCUCUUUCUCUCUCUCUUGAUCGGAGAUAGUGGGGGCGUUUAUUAUCUGCUGAAGUGCGCGCUGUAAGCUCAGAAACACUCACCGAGCAGCAGUGAAGUCAGUGAUGUUCAGUCUUAAUGUUCAGUCUCUGUUUAAUGGCCUGUUUUCCGUGAUUUCCGCACUCGUCAUGAAGCUUCUGUGAAAUAUCUGCUGAAACAUGAGUGAAUAUUCAAACCGCAGCCAAGCCGGAGCUGAUUACGAGUGGCAUUAUGAAUAUUACGAGGACGAGGAGCCCGUGUCUUUUGAGGGACUGAGAGCAAACCGCUACUCUAUCGUGAUUGGCUUCUGGGUCGGCCUCGCCGUCUUCGUCAUCUUCAUGUUCUUUGUGUUAACUCUGCUGACCAAAACAGGAGCUCCACAUCCAGAGAUGUGUGAUGCCAGCAUGAAGCCUCAUGUUCUGAUUGGCUGUGAGCUGGAAGUGGGCGGGUCUCUGGCAUUUUCUCUGCCACCGCUGCCUGACCAAUCACGUUCCCUCUUUCACUUCUACAUCCAUAAGGAGGAGCGAGUAAAAACCCACAAAGACGCUGUGAUUGGCCGAGGGAUGCACUGUGGGCGGGGCAAUGCUGAGAGAGCAGAUGAAGAUGAGCACUUCAUGUCCAGCUUCAACAUUCCGAAUUUUGUGAACUCCGAGCAGAGCUCCAGCCUCGGCCAUGACGACUUUCUGCUGAGUGAGCCGCCAAUCAUCACAGACGGCCAAUCAGAUGAGCUGAAGACAGCAGAGCCCGCCCAUCUCUGCUAUGAUAUCAUCAGACAUUGACGCAUGUUUCUUGACGUGUGCUGCAUCCCAAUUCACGUACCACACUCUAGAAGUGUGCACUUUUUUGGUGAAGAAAAAGUACAUACUUUUGAGUGUGUAAAAGAAGAGUGUGAGCUUUGGGACAAGCUACUUUCUCAUUAACGGAUCAUUAAAAUGCUUAGUCAAUCAUCUCAACACAUC